UUCCACCUGUCGGGAUAGCUGCGAUGUUUGUGUCUGUUCAUGAGCGCGUGCUGAUACAACGAGCCGCGCGCCAGCAUCCGGACCUCACAGGAAAAUCAGAGUCGCGCAGCUACGGUUCCUAAAGGUGAACGGACCGUUUUCCGUUCACAUACGUGCUUUUUGCCCUCAUCUCAACACACAAACGUUUCAGUUCCAGCGGACGGGUUUAUCCGCAGAGUCCGAGCCAACCGGGGAACCGGAACCGAGCAGCAGCAUGUCCAGACAGCCGCCGCCGCUACAGCAGAGGACCCCUAUAAAACUCAUCGAUAACACGGUGGAGGUGAAGAGUAAGUAUGAGGCAGAGUAUCGUCGCUUUGGUCUGAAGAGAAAUGGCUCCGGUGGCUUCCGGGAAUUCUACCGUCUAAUCCAAACCAUCCAUCACAUCCACGGUAUUGACGUGCUGUUGGGAUAUGCCGAUAUUCAUGGAGAUCUCCUCCCAAUCAACAAUGAUGACAACUUCAACAAGGCCGUGUCUUCAGCCAACCCACUGCUCCGCAUCAUUAUAAGCAAGAAAGAGGAUGAACCCGUGGUUUAUGGCACCAACUCGCUACAGCGGCGGAAGAAGGGACUGUCUCUAACAGGGCUGCGCCCCACGGGUUCAGGCUCCAUUCACCCAAAGAACAAAUCAGGCCUCAUGAUUGGCCCGCCAAAGAACUUCAGACAGAUCUCAUCUAUCAUUGAUGUGGACAUCUUGCCUGAGUCACACAGGAGGGUCCGACUCCACAAACAUGGUAGCAAUAAGCCUCUGGGCUUCUACAUCCGGGACGGGGUGAGCGUACGGGUCACACCUCAGGGGGUGGAGAAGGUUCCUGGGGUCUUCAUUUCUCGUCUGGUGCGAAAUGGGCUUGCAGAGAGCACUGGACUACUGGCUGUCAAUGAUGAGAUCCUAGAGGUCAACGGCAUCGACGUAGCAGGAAAAUCUUUGGAUCAGGUAACCGACAUGAUGGUGGCCAACAGCCACAACCUGAUCGUAACAGUCAAACCAGCUAACCAGAGGAACAACGUCGUGCCUCGUGGGAGUAAGUACUCGUUGGGUAAUUCUGGUUCUGUGGGCUCGGCUGGAUCAACAGGCUCUGCUCCUUCACAUGAUUCACCAAGUCCUGCAUCUCAGAGCAACCCCUUCACUGCAAGCAGCAGCAUCGCUGAGGGGGACAGUGAAGACGAAGAGGAGGAUGGUGAUCUCAUUCUGGAAAAUGACUGCCUGAGAGCCCACAAUCCCCAUCCUGUGACUUACAGCAACAGUGCUAACCUUAACAGGAACUCGCCUCACUACGGCUCACACGGUUCUUCAGGAGGGAAGUCCGUCACACAGAGUGUGUCCAUGCCCAACAGCAUCACAUCAACCCUGAGUUACAACGGGAACUUAAAUCACUCUGCCAGUGGCAGUCAAGACAGCAUGAAGGAAGACGGCAACAUACUGACACUGUGAUAGUUGUCACCGUGUCAACACAGACAUCGCCUGUAUGAUCAUGGAACGGCCAUGUUGUUGUAAACAUGACAAGACGGACAUGAAACUCAGCAGCAGCGUUGAUUGGAAAGGUUUUUUCUUAGAUUGACGGGUUCUGUAGUUGUGUUACUAGGAGCACACACACACACACACACACACACACACACACACACACACACACCACACCACACCACACCACACCACACCACACACACACACACACACCACACACACGCACACACACACACACGCACACACACAGUGACAUGAAACAGUAUCAUAUUUGUUUGAAUAUCUAUGAAAACGACAUUAGUCACAUGCCAAAAUGAUCAACUGAACAGAACAAUCAGAGGAAAACCUUAAAAUGACCAUAAAUAGACUUUUAAAGAACUUCAUUUUAUUUUUGGUACCUUAAACUUUUAGACUUUAGUUAAAUCAGUUCCCUUCUUGGUUUAAAUCGAGGCAUUUAAUGAACUAGAAUGGGUGAGAAAGACGAUCUAAUGUCAGACCUUUGUAGAAAACAUGGAUACCUGUCCUCCUGUAGAGGUCAGCAGGUUGACUUUCAUGUUACACUGAAUGUUUUGUUUUAAAUGGGUGUUGCGUAAUCCUGCCGGCGGUUCUUUGUUGGGCUUCAGAGGUCUUCAUCGUCAUACACACUGAUCACUCGCCGUACUCUGGUCUCAGACUCAUCCAUGAGGUGAGAUUUUACUCAGAUUUUAUACAAAUCUUUUAUUACGUGUCUGAAGUUUGACCACAGACGGGUGUGUCUCCUCAUUCAAACCCUAGAACUGUGCUUUACCUAUGCAUGACUGAGCUUCCCAUUAUAGAUGUGACCUUCCAACUGAUCUUUCUACAAACAUUAACCAACAAAAGUCCUAAAUAAAUAAAGUUGUACAGAGUCUUGUAUUUAAAAGAAUCAGUGUUGUGUUUUAAGGCCUAAACAGAGACGAACUAUUUGUCUGUUAAAGUCUGCACCAAUCACCGCUCUUAUCUCGGCAUCACG